GACAGCGGAUUGUCAUCGAAAAGAAGGAGUCUGUCUUCAGAGCGGAGGGUCGUUUUACCUUCUUCAUCCCCGUUGACGAGGGUUUCAAGACAUCCUUUCUGUUACAGCCAGAACCGAGGCCGCAGAAGAUUGAUAAGCAGGUGAUCGACGGGCACGUUCUACCCAAUGAAGUCCUAUUUACUGCACCGACGCCCGACAAUACGGAGUAUAAAACUCUUGUAUUUUCCGACAAUCUGAAAGUCACUGUCAGUUUCCUGAAAGCACAUAAUAAAGUCUACGUCCAAUCGAACACGUUAAUGGGCGAUUCGAAUCAUCCAACCGGAGUGGUGCUGGCAGAGAUAGUGAAGGCGAACAUCCCGGUGCGCAACGGUGUCGUUCAUCUGAUACAACGACCGCUUAUGGUGGUCGACACUACCGUGAGGGAUUUUCUCGAGUCCUUCAAGGGCAUCGAAAAGGAGGACGGACCGGUGUACAAGUUUUACGAGACCAUCCGCGAUUUCGGGGACGACAUCAUGAACACCAUCAGCUAUCUGCGAGAGGUUACCCUCUUCGCUCCUAGCAACGAGGCGCUGGAGGAGCCGGGCGUGAAGCAGAUGCUGCAGGACAAGAAACGCAUCAGAGAGAUCCUCAAGCUGCACUACGUCAAGCAGAAACUAACCCUCGACAAUAUUAAGGAUAAGAGCGUCAGCCAAGUAGCGACCGCCGCCGACAGGAAGAAGCUCUACUUCAACGUGGUGCAAGGCCCGAGGGGAAACCAGACCGUCACCGUGGAAGGCGGCGGCGUGAACGCUACCAUCAUUACUGCCAACAUCGCCGCAACCAACGGGAUUAUUCACAUAAUCGACAGGUUGCUCGGGGUCCCCUACACCACCGUACUCGAUAAACUCAGGACCGACCCGAUGCUCAACUCGACGUACUUUCUGGGCCAGCGACGCAGCUUCAACGAUCAGCUGAACGACACGACGAAGCGGUUUACGUACUUUGCCCCGCACGACGAUGCCUGGAUCCGCGCGGGGGCCACUUUUCCGUCAGCCGUCAAGAAACUCUUCAUGCCCGAAUAUAGUUAUCACACGAAGCAGAUCUUGGAGCGGCACCUCGUAAUAGCGGACCAGGCGUAUACGAUGGCGAAGUUGAGAGAGAUGAGCAACGACACCAUCAAGCUUACGACGAUCAGGGACAGUCUGAAGAUUCGCAUUAAGGAGUACGGCGAAAGCUACCAGUUGGAGUGGCAGGGUAACAAGAAAAUCCGCGUCGUGCGUCCAGACGUUGAGUGCACCAACGGGAUAAUCCACGUGAUCGACACCGUCUUUCUCAAGGAUAGCGACGUGCGGGUAACGGGCGGAGCGUCGCUGGCCACUCUCGCGCCUCACCUCAUCAUGAUAUUGAUAGCCAAGUGGCAGUUGUAAGCAACCUGAUCGCGUCGCAUCGUCUCGCAUCUAUGCAGGUGCGUCUAUUAGGAAUUUCCUUGGGGCCGUCUACGAUCGUUCUCGCGCGAGAAGCGGCGCCGUCGACGACGCAACGCGAGAAGGCGCACGGUCGAUCGUCCUGACGUUGGAUCGCAACUUCUUACGGACGCUCGUUACGGAGUGGACUAGGCGAGAAGCGGGGAAGGGUAGAGGGGGGGGGGGAAUGGGGAGAGUUACAUGAAUCUGAAGAUCCGGAGACCCGAGAAUCCGCGAUAUCAAAGAUCCAGGGACCUAACGAGCCGAGGACAGCGGCGAGGAUCGGAGGAUACGCGAAGAUUCAAGGGGGUCCAGAGAUAUGCGGAUUCGUUCGCGUACACGUGGCUCGUUGAUGAGAGAGAAAGACACGAAAGAAGAGGAAGACGUUCGAUAUAUCGUGUCGAUUGCACGAAGAACGAGAGGGGCUCUCAUCGAGGGAACGACGGGAGGACGACCGAGCACUCGCGAUCGCACGGCCUCAAAAAAAGCCAGGAUAGCCUAUUAUUUAUUGAUUAAUCGUCCGUGGACGUAGCGGGACAAUUUUACGGGUUAGAAGCGUUAAUCGUACCAAAUAAAUGGUUAAUUGUACCAAGUAAUCUAAAUAAAUUUAUCGAGGGACGGAAGGGCGUGAGAGAAGAAAAAUGGGCAGGGAGAGAGGUGCAGGAUUUCGAGGAACCUACUUCGAGUACAAGGGCAACGACGGAUUGCAUCCCGUACAUCAUGCGACUGUUAGCGAGCGAACGAGUGGACGCGUGAGGUGCAAAUAAAAUCGCGGUUUGACCAUCGAUCGCCACUCUGUCUAUUGUUAUUUGAAUCGGGAAAUGGUUUUAAAAUAUUUAUCCUUCUCUUCCAUUAUAUAAACCAAUUUAAACCAAAUUUAAAUCAAUCGAAUAAUCGAUCGAUUGGUAAUUACGCGAUUUAAUUUUGACCUCAUACGUUGUUCUGUAGAGCCACAAUAAGAACUUAAUAAUACAUCAGAAAGUUCCACAUAACAUUGAGAACAAGACUUCGCGAUUCCUUCGCGGAAUCCUACGAUUUUAUACGACACUAAUCGUAAACGUAAAAUACGAUAAUCCUUUCCCUCUAAAGCGACGACAGUAAUAAAGUCAAACGCAAUAAUAUCGAUCGUCCUUUUCGAUUAACGGCGGCAAUAAAACCGAACGGGCAAUUACCAAUUCGAUUAAUUAGCAGAGCGAUUGAGUAAGCGCUUUCGGAACAACAGAUCCAUCCAUCGGAUCUUCCCGUCUCGAAAUUCGAACCGAUUUCAGGAUUCUCCUUGGAUCUCCAGAAUUUGGAUCGUUGGGUUCUGUCGGAUCUCAAGAUGCCCGCGGAUUUUUCUGAAAUUAUCUAGUCCGUAAAUUCUCGGUUUUUUAGCUUUUCAGGAUCGCGGAUUCUUGGAUGCUUGUAGAUCCCACAGACUUCCGAACUUCUUCGGAUUCUCGGAAAUCGGUCGAUUAUAAAUAAUUGUCGCGUCGCCGCUGUAUUGAUUCGCGGUGCCUCUGAUGAAAUUGAAUCGACACCGACGUAUCUCGGGGUAAAUGUUUACCCCGUUUACAUAACAUCGUUCCCUUCGAGAUACCGUGUUCUUGACCUUUCGUCAUUCCGCGUAAAGGGUUCACGGUACAUCGCUAUGUAUCAUAUCGUAUUUACACUUCUACUUACCGAGAAUACUGCCACGCACGUUGCGCGCAUCGCGGGCUUGCGGAUGAGUUUUUGUACGAUUAUUAUUAUCAAAGAUAGAGCGAAGGGGAAAAGAGACAAGAGGGAGCGGUAGAGAAUUCUAUCUUAAAAGCACAGCGAUUCCUGACAAAAAAAAGGUGUCUCGUGUGUUAAAAAAUUAAAAAAAAAAAAAAAAAAAAAAAAAAAAAAUAAGGUAUCUUGAAUGACGGAUGCGCGAGGGCAGAAAAAGAGAGAAAUUUCUUUGGCUUUCCUUAAAUCUUAUAAGUUCUUGUAAAAAUUAUUUGAAAAUACUUUAUGGUGUUUUCUAGAGUUGAAGAAAUUUUUAAAGAAAUUAAUAGGAAAAUACAUUCUGUAAAAUAAAAAGCAGCCAAUUUAUUACAAUUAAAGAAAUAAAUUAUUUUAUUCCGCAUUUAGAAAAACUAAAAAGAGAAUAACAAUGAAUAGGAAAAAAGUCAAAGAGGGAUAUCGUUCAAUUAAUCCUGACGUUAUAUAAAGACAAUUCAUAACUCUCUACAGAAUGAGUUCCUAUCCAUUUCGCUUGAUUCGCCUAUUUUUGACGGGAACGGGAAGACAUUCCGUGACCAUAUCUACUUUCAGUGCCACGAGUUCUAUCGUUCCAUCGUAAUAACUAUAUCCCGAUGAACUUUCUGCUCCCUCGACAUCCAUGCUCAUUGCAUUAUAUACACACAAACACACCCACAUACAUACACACACACUCACACACAUACAUACAUACCCUGUCUGUCAAAAUAGCAAAGUUACUAUUAAGACCUUAGCUGUAUGCGUGCAAGCAAUAGCGAGGAUCCGUCUCGAAAGAAAACUUCGAAGAACGCGGCCAAGAAGAAACUGGUAUAGACUUAGAAACGAAAAUCAAAUGAUAUCCGAAUCGACAGGGAACCCUUUCGCUGCACGAAAUAUUCUAGCCAAAGUUCCUGCGAAGGAAAAGUAAGUGAAUACUUUCGAAACUUUUCACAGACGUGACAGACAUAUUAAUCUUUGACGGUGCAAAUAUUUCCACGAUACGUGUAUUGUAAUCGUGACGCGCUAUGUGAGGAUUGAUCCUUGAAUUAUUAAAUUUUUAAACAUUCUUUGUAUCCUGAAUUCAAAAAGACACGAAAGAAGCAAAACUUUAUUCGUCAAUUAAUCGGACAUUCUCUUAACGAAUAUUCAGAACAAGCUUAUCUAUCGAAGAAUUGAAUAUUAAAGGAUAUUGAAUAUUAAAGAACAAACGGAGAUUCCCAAUUAGUUUCUUCGCUAACGAAAAAUCGAUUUCACAUUCUUUCGCGAAUAAAGUCUCGCAAGCGUACGCUUUCUUCGCAGCGAAGGGGUUAAAGAAAAAAGGAAACAAGUACUUGGCAAGGAACAGUUCGAAGCUCGAAGGAGGGUAAAACCUCGAAAUUUCGUGCCCUCCUUAAAGACGAAGCGUCAAGAAGCGCAGGAUAGUUCACGUUCAACUGAUAAAACGCCGAAACCUAAAUGAAAGACAAUUGACUGAUUGGAUCGGUCGUUGAAUUUCGCAACACGAUCCGGUGACUUGUUCGCGUUAGUCACGUAUAAAAAAAGAAUUUGUAAUUAGCGGGCGUGCGUAAUCGAAGCAGCCACAACUUUCUUCACGAGAACUUGAUUUAACAAAAAUAAAAAAAGGUCGAUGUUAUACGUGUUGAUAUCAGUCUAUACAUAUAUAUAUAAAGCAAACAAAUAAAGAUAUAUAUAAUAAACAGAGAUAUAUAUUAAUGCGGAAGAAAGUAUCGAUUAAAGAAGAGCGAAUCGGGAAAAGGCUGGUAAGAGAGAGAAAGGGAGAGAAAAAAACAAAAUACACUAUCAGAUGAUAACUUAAACUUGUUGUUGGGAUGAAUUGAUAUUACGAAUUAUUAUUACUAUUAUUAUUAUUAUUACAAUUAUUACCUAUAUAAAAUAUACAUAAACUCUAAUUAAAACUGUUUGCUCGUUAGAUGAACCAAAAAAAAAAAGAAAAAAUAGCAAAACUCUAUUUCUCCGUGUAGAUGUGUCUUAAUGUUCAGCUUGUUCGACAGCCACGCAGUCGACAUAAGAGAGCUGAGGUUUCGAGGCUGCCAUAGGUCGAAAAGGGGAUGUUCGAGUCGGUAUGCGGGAGACGAGAGAUUAAAUGCCACGUGAGACUUAAAUUUUCACGCUCGUGAACGUUAUACGGGAAAAGGACGCACAGGCCGCCGGUGAUGUUACUAAUAAUGUUGCAAAAAAGACUAGAAAUUAUUGAGUGGACAAUCGUUCGUCAUCCCCGACAAAUCAGAGACGCGUUCAUAGAGAAUCUCAUCGUACAUCGUACAUCGCUAUUAAAGAAUCUCGCGUUUUCAAAGCGCUACUCUGAAAAUUUGAAUCGUUUCUCUCGUCUCGAUUCACCGCCGAUGGCGAUCGAUCGAUCUUACGAAAGAAAAAAAAAAAGAAGAAAUUAUGUGAAAGUACAAUUAUGAUUUCCAAUUCGCAAAUGAAGCUAUAGCGAACAGAUACAGCUAAGCUUAGCUAUCCUUACGAAUAAUUAUUAAUUAUAAAUAUUAAUUACGAAAAAAUGUAGAAUUAGCCGCUCAAUUCUCGUAGAAGUGAGUAGUAUAUAUUGCAUGAAAUGUUUGCUGGAUCUGAAUAUCUGAAGAUUCCUGAAAAUCAAUUGUCUGUGACUUAUCCUUCUGAAUCUUAAGAUUCAGAUUCAGAUUUCAGAUUUAUGUUGCGAGAGAAAAGAUCUGAAUAUAAAUACAUUAUAGGAAUAAAAUAAUUUAAGGAAAAAUUAAGGAAAUGGAUUUAUACGGGUCUACGGAUGUUCAGAUUUUGGCGGCAUUUAUUAAGAUCAAAAUCCAUCAAAGUAUCAUCCCUAUGCAUUCCAACUUUAGAAACAGUUCUGUUUAAAAGCGUUAAUUAUUAAGAAAACCGUUGAUGCGCCAAACAGACGCGACGUUAAUUGCGGCUCCUAUAUAUAUAUAUAUAUAGUCAUCGCGGUAACGAAUGUAGUCCUUGUUGUCAUUUUUAUUAUCGCCAUUUUUACUCUUCUACCGUUCCAUCUCGCGAGAACACUGGCGAAAAUGAUCGCGAACGUCCAGCGUCGACAAAUUUCGCAAGGUUUCCUGUGUACACACAUAAACAUACACACGCACACAUUCACACACACAUACACACGCGCGCGCAUUUGGAAGUUUCUCACGAAGGCAGAAGGUUCCCUCUGUCCUCGUUGUCGCACGAUCAUUUCGAGCCACAUGUUUCACAUUCGUAUCUAAGAGCUCGACAAUCCGAGGUUCCUGGGAUCCUGUGGCUUUUAUAAAAAUCCCUCGAGGUUUCCUUCGCGGCUGUCUGAAGCCUGGAGGAUCCGAGGAACCGACGAUUUAAGGACGCCAGGAUACGCUACUGAUUGCAUUUACGCGAGUAGUCCAGGAACGGCACCGAAGUGUCGGGCCAAGUACGGCGCAACGCGCCGCGACAUUAACGUUCGUUAGCCUAAGUACGAGGGUUUUUAAGCUUUUUAAAGUUACGGCCACACCGGGGAGAGCGCGACUCCCCGCUCUGGCGGCAGGUGAUACCAGUAAGUGCAACCAGUAACUUAAGCACGUCACACACCAUUACGGUAAAUCAUUAAUAUGUAAGAAUAUAGAGUACGUAAAGUGGACAUAAAGGGGAGGAGAGACGAAAAAGGCGCAGGAAAGAGAAAGAGAGAGAGAGAGAGAUCAUGGUUUUUAAAAUUUCGAAUGCGAAGAGCGUAUAAUGUAACGUGUAAACGAUAUCGUAUUUUAAGCGCCGGAUAGGCGGGUUUCACAGAAAUUACAACUGAUUAUUAAGAGGAUUAUUAUUAUUUAUUAGCUCUAUUAUAAAAAUAUAUAAUAUAAAUAUAUAUGUAUAUUAUAUAUAUACCUAUACUAUAGUAGGGGAAAUCAAAUUUUAUGUACUACAGAGCUAUUUGUAUAAAAGACAUUUGUUUCACCACACGAUCAUGAAUUCGGCAUCGCUGGACAUUUAAUUGCCACACUAUCGUCAUCAGAUCUUAGGUAAUAUAUAUUUUGGAUAUAAUUAAUCUCGAGAAAACUUCUAGUUUUUAUUAUAGGAUCUAGGUAUAUACGUAUAUUUGCAUUACUUGUAUUUUUCGUCUGAAUUAGUUAUUAAGUUUCUAAGUCACGCGCGCAGAGAAGCGACGCUUUUUUAGCGAACGAUUUUCACGAAAGGAUCUUGCGCUAUUCGGGCCAAUCGAAUUUUCAAAGAAAAAAAAAAAAAGAUGAAAGGAAUGUAUGUAUCUCCGAGUUUGCGGACGGAUCGACGGUGCGUCAAUUCUUUACUCGAGAUGAGAAUCUAAAAAAGUUUCUGGAUUGAAAGAUAGAAACAAAAAUUUAUGGAUUUGAGAUGAUAAAAAUAGAAAUCUUAAUACUAUGCAAUCCAACAUUCUUAAAACCUCGAACACUAUCUUAUAUGUUUUCUCAAUUAAAAUGUAAUGACAAAAGUAGCAUUCACCGAUUCUUUUCACGUCAAAAAAAGAAUCCCUCGGAUUAAGAAUUGAUCAAGGUGAUGGGAGGAAGCAAACUCCUUUAAAAAUCCGUCAUUCGUCUGGCGAACGUUCACUUCACUUGUAUCUCGCUUCACUACACUGUGUAGAUCCGAUCGCUUUUGCUGUAUGAUUUUACAAAGAAUAAAGAACACCUACAAGACACAGAUCAGGAGAGAGGUUUUAUUGAAUAGUCCACGAUGUCACAGGCGAGGUAAAAGGUAAAUAUGUACGGUAUGUAUACAUUGACAUCGGAAGAAAAAUCUUGCAUUCUCUCGUUUAUGCUGUGUCACACAAUUUUACAUAAAAUGUAGCGAUGCUCCCUAUGCAUCUACAAUGCAAGAGAUCGAAUCUUUUGUCGCCUAAAACUCAACGCGAAAUAAUGUCCUUUUAAUCUUUUGCGUGAAUAAAGAUUGAAGAUUAAAUUUUGCACUGAUUCGUCAUGUCGCGUUGAUUUAACGCAUUUAUAAGUACUCAAUAAACGAAACACAGGACGAUGUCUUUUUUUCAGCAGUUUAUUUAAACCUCGUGUUACAAGAUAAGACUUAGCAGCAAGGCUUUGAUCGUGCGCGUGCAUGUGAGUUUCGGUAUGUUGUGUACGUAAUGUAAUGCGUGUUCCGUGUGACAGAAUGAAUAGAUAUGCGAAUAUGUUUACAACAAUCAAGAAUGCAUUCGGAAGGCCGCGAGCGAGACAAAUAUGGUUACAAUACUAUUUCGUUUUAUCGAUUUCAUCUCUUCUUGUCGACUACACGAUCCAACUACGCUUCUCAAAAAGAACUUUGCAAGUCAUUUAUUAAAAAACAUAAAAUUUCUUUAGGCACGGUUCUUACAAUUAGUUCGAAGAGAACCGAUAGAUUUAAAAAGUACAUCUAAAAAUGCAAAGAUACUCGAGAUUUGUAGAUUACAUAAAUUUUAAUAUAUAUCGGAUCAAUAUAUUAUACAUCUGUGAGAUAUAUUUUCUACAAUUCUACUCAUAAACGAACGAGUAUAGCGCAAAAGUAUUUUUGAUCCGCGUAUUUCCAUGGAUUUAACAAGCUCGAGUACACUGCGGUAUACCAAUCAGCGCGUGAUCUAUCUUAGUAAGACUUUACCGCGUAAUUAUCUUCACCCACGCACUCCCGAUCCCUUUUUCUCCCUCUCAUCCGCACGCGCAUGCACACAGAGACAAUUAUGCCACCCUCUCUCUCACGCGCUAAUAAUCCAUUCCCUCUUUCGUUAUAACACGUAGGUCACAUCGAUCCAUUAGAAACGACAUUGAAGACAAUAUGUACAGAUUGAUUACAUAUAUAUAUAUAUACUAAAUUAAUCAUUAAUUUAAACAAUGAAAGUUAGUACCUUAGAGCGAAUAUUACAGAGACGUUAUAUGCCGAGCGGAACGAUCGGGUCGGUGGUAUCGCGUUUGAUAUUUAUUCUUAAUGAAAAAUUUGCGCGUGUAUUCACAGCUAAUUAUUUCAUUUUAAUGCAUUGCCAUGACGUUUACACAUUAUGCUGCACAAAAUUAAUUAAAAUACAGUUAACAAUUGACACUUAAAUGAUGUAAUGUGAAAAUAAUUAGAGAAAUAAUUAUUCUACAUUAAAUAUUAUAAUCGAAAUUAUAUCGAGUCAAUCAUUUUAAUUUUUCAAAGAGAAAAAUGCAAAUCUUUUUAUAUUUAUAAAUUUAUCGAUAUAUAGAUAUAUUUCGAUCAUAUAGCGACGUAUCAAAACCAAUUGGACAUAGCUAUUCGUUUAUUCUAAAGCACAAAAAAGAUGAUGAAUCAUUCUACAAUUACUAGGCAGUAGCGAGCAAAGAGAUAGAAUAUGAAAUAAUAAGACACCUUGACCAAAAAAAA